GAAAAUCUAAUAUGUCAAGAUCUAUCUUUUUGGAUAUAUAAUUAUGGAUAUAUAUUAUGGAACUUAAUUCGCUAUUGAUAGGCAUGUAUACAAACGAGUACAUGUCGUAAGCAAUAUGGCGAGAUAAAAUAAUGGAUCUGCAUGAAAAAACAGGUGUUGCUGCAAUACCCAAAUUUCUAGAUGGAAUUUCAAUAAACAAAAAUGAUCAACUUGCGCUUGUUGCAUCAAACCUAACAGGAAAAUUGUGGGAUGGUGUUGUUGCUGUAUUUAAUAAUGUCAAAUUUGCACCACAUAUUCCACACAUUGAUCAUGGCUCAUUAAAUGAAAGUGGGUGUACAUCUGUUAAAUGGAUAGACUUAAAUAAUAUAGUUACAAGUACAGAUGAUGGUACUGUUGAGGUAUGGAAAGUUAAUGACACUCCAAACCUUGAAGUUUCUAUCAUCUUUGCUGAGCAUAAUGAUGUAUGUUCUUCAGUAAGUGUUUUAAACCAAACUAAACAAUUAGUAAGUGGUAGCUGGGAUGGUAGCAUUAAAAUAUGGAACUUGGAAAAUGAACAAGCUCUCCACACUAUUUUGUAUCAUACUGAUAAAGUUUUAGAUGUUGCUUGGGAUACAAACAGUGUAAAUGUAUUUGCCUCUGCAUCAGAAGAUGGCACUGUUCAAAUACAUGAUAGUAGAAGUGAAGGAAAGCCAGAUUGCUUAUGGUUUUAUGAUCCGAUUUACCAUCCAACAUGUUUGACUUGGAAAAAUAGCAAUUGUGUCAUUGCUGGUUUCAGUAAUGGAGACAUUAACUUAUUAGAUUUGCGUUAUUCUUGUUCUUCCCCAUUAAAAAAUUUUACGGCACAUAAAAAAACAGUGAAUAAACUUGUUUAUGUUGACAAUUUGAUUAUUUCUGCAUCUGACGAUUUCUCUGUGAAGAUGUAUGAUGACUCAAAGUGUGUUUAUGAAAAUGUUAGGCAUUCUGAUUAUGUUAAAGGCUUAGCAUAUCAAGAAAGUAGCAAAUCUAUAUGGUCAUGUGGAUGGGAUGGUGUUUUGUUUGAGCAUAAAGUUUUAUUGUAAAUUUAGUUGAGUUAUUUGAAAAUCAUUAUUUUUGAA